UGCUUUUGAAAUUAGAGGACAAUAGCCUUAAGUCAGACAGUCUAAUGCAUGUUUAAUCAUUUCAGAUAAAACAAAGGCGAAGGAAACGAUUGCGCGGUAUUAUCAGUUCAAUGUGUGCAAAUAUAACAGAUAAAAAAACGCUUUGUUUUAGACGAUAAAUGAAAAUGCCACCAAACGAAAAAUUCUUUAUAUAUAUAUACAACUGAGUUAUAUUUAUUUUUAAUGAAACGUUUAGACGACUUUUACAUGAAUUCCGCAUUUCAUUUUCAUAAUCAUUAUAGUUGACAAGUUAAUCAUAAUUCAGAAAAAUGAGUAGCACACGAUUGAAACUUAGAAAUUUUAGAUUCACGUAUUUAUUGCCAUGUUUUUUCAUUUUCUCAUCUGUUCUGUUUUUAAUAUCAUAUCAUUUAAAUACACAUCACCAGAAGGGAAAAGAUCGACAGCAAAAUAGAAAGCUUUUGGAGCUUGUGAGUGAGGAGGAAAUAACGUGCAUUGAGUCAGGAAUACAUUCUUUUCCGGAAGAUUUCUUUACACAGGAACAAAGGCAGAAGGGAGGUGUAAUAAUUCAUGUCUUAAUCACGCUAUACGUAUGCGCCAUGAUUGCCAAAGUGUGCGACAUAUAUUUCAUACCGUCUUUGGAGAUUGUAUCUGACAAACUGAAAUUACCUCCGGACGUUGCGGGAGCAACUUUUAUGGCAAUAGGCGCUUCUUCACCAGAAUUGUUUUCCUCUAUUUUGGGAUCUUUUGUGACAGAAGGCGAUAUAGGCGUGGGAGCUGUGAUUGGUUCAGCAGUCUUUAAUAUUCUUGGCAUCACUGGAGUUGCAGGAAUUUAUCUAUGGAAUGAUGUUCUUGAUGUAGAUUGGUAUCCGAUAGCAAGAGAUUGUAUUUGUUAUGGUAUCACGGUUAUAUGCCUGACGUGGAUCAUUUCUGACAGCAAAGUUAUUUGGUGGGAAGCUGUUAUUCUACUUGGCCUUUUUGUACUUUAUAUAAUCCUUAUGUACUUUAAUGAAAAAGUAGAAAAAUGCUCCAAGAACCUGGUCCAGGAGAGUAAAUGCUGCAUCUGUUAUAACAAUCAAGAAAGUUCACCCUUACUGACAAAAAGAUCUUCAUUGUCAGAAUCAAAAUCAGCCAUAAAAUCCGAUGCAACAGCGUACGUUACAACAAGUAUCGAUAACACCGACGUUAAAAAAACCCCAACUCAAAUAGAAAAGGGUGCAAUUGAAACAUAUGGUGACAAAUCAGUAGAGCUGGAAGAACAAGAACCUUUGUGUUCGCCACCUCAUACAACUUGUAGUUUUAUUUGGUGGCUGUUUAUGUUGCCAGCAUCUGUACUAUUGUUCUUGACAAUCCCAAACCCUACAAAUCACAAAUUCAAAAAACUAUAUCCAAUUACAUUCCUGAUAUCUGUGGCAUGGUUAGGAGCUUUGUCGUAUUUAGCUGUAUGGAUGGUAACAAUUAUUGGCUAUACUCUCUUGAUACCAGAUUCUGUUUCCGGACUCACUCUUUUAGCAGUUGGCGCCAGUGUUCCAGACCUUGUUUCCAGUGUCCUCGUAGCAAAAAGUGGUGAAGGGAACAUGGCCAUCAGCAACCUGGUCGGCAGCAAUACUUUCGACAUCUCAAUAUGUUUGGGAAUACCUUGGCUGAUUAAGGCACUGAUGUCUGAAGGUGGCUAUUUACGAAUACAGAGUGUUGCACUGGCUUAUGCAACAGCAACAUUAUUUGUAACUCUUUUAAUAUUUUAUUUGGUUUUUAAGCUUUCAAAAUGGCGACUGAACCGCAGGGUAGGAUACAUUUGCUUGUUAAUUUAUGCAGUAUUUGUACUAUUAGCUUGUUUGUUUGAAUUUAAUGUUUUUGGUGAUAUUAAUUUACCUACUUGUUAUCCCUAAUGAUAAAAAAUUCUAUUUCUUAU